GACAAGGAUUGUAUAUUUUAUUUACGUUGAAAAUGGAUCAGCAUAGCGCGGACAAUUGCAAGUGCCACAAGCAAACGCAGCCGGCACAACAAACACUCUCCGACAUGGACUUUGAUCGUGGCAUCUGGAAUGCAGCUAUCUACAAUGAGGUGGAUCGCGUGCGCGAAUUCAUCAAGAAGGGUCAGGCCAUGGCACGGGAUGACUGCGACUAUACGGCAUUGCAUUAUGCGGCACGCAAUGGCCACGAGCAGAUCUGCAAACUUCUGCUCGACGAGGGCAAAGUGGACGUGAAUGCGGUGACCAAGGCGGGCGCCACAUCUCUCCAUCGUGCUGCAAUGAUGGGUCAUCUUGAUAUUGUUAAGCUGUUAGCAACACAGCCUAAGGUCAAUCUGUUGCUUCAAGACGAGUGCGGUCAGAGUGCAUUGCAUCGUGCGGCAUUGCGUGGACAACUAGAAGUGUGUCGAUAUCUGUUGCAGCAGCAGCCCGAACUGAAGCUGCUCAAAGACAAGAAGGAUAAAAUUGCAUUCGAGUAUAUUAUGGAGAAUGCCAACGAUGAUUUCAAGCUGCUUCUAAAGCCCUAAAAUCAUGAAAUCUUAAAAACAAUACGCAACUUUUCGUAGCCUUAAUCAGUUUCUGAACAAAACCUAAUAUAAUAUGGCGGAUUCGAAUUGACCUAAAAUCAAGCUAUAUAUAUAUAAAUAUAGUAUGAAUAUUGUUGUUAGAUUGUAGGCAAUUACUUCAAUUUGCAGUAUUGUAUGUAUAUUUUUGUCAAUUCUUUAUAAACUGUAAGCGCAAAAAUGUAAGAAAAACUUUUCAUAUUUUAUAAUUUUUCAUUUUCCGAAAGUAAUGCAAAAAAACAUUAACAACAAUAUAUAAAUAUUGCAACGUUUUUUAAAAUUCUCAUUUAAAAAAAAAAGAUAAAUCUUGUCAUAAAUGUUGUAAGAAAAUACUCCUUUAAAAUAUUUCAAUAAUCCAUUCCCUGAUAAAUCUUUAUUGAAAUGCUAAAAAACGUUUACAAAAUACAGCAACGUUGCUCGAAAUUUCCAAUAAUUUAAAAUACAACUUUAACAAUAAUGCUGUAAGAGAAAACUCUAUUCAUAUUUUAUAAUUUCCCCGCCCUGCACUGAAUACAUCUUAAUUGAAAUUAAUGAUAAAAACGAUUCAAAGAGAAAUGUUACGUUGCCCAAUAAGUUCAUUGGCAUUGUGAAUUCUAAACCUUAUUGAACAAUAUGAUAGAUAUUUACUGUAUAAGUAUGCCUAUGCUAUAUGGGGUGACUAGAGAAGAACUUGUACUCGAACCUUUUUAAAAUUGCAAUUUGACAUUACAUAAACUAUCACUAAGGGGCAAUAUACAAACUAAACAUACUUAUGCUACCAUACAUUAACAUACAUUAUUACAACAUUACAAAUACAUCAUUCAUAAUUAUAAAUCUAAAUAAAUUUUUAGAACCCUGCACUGUGCUUAAUCCCAGGACUCUAUUGAACGCAACAUCGGAUUCAACGGCAAUUGCCUGCUUCGUAUUGUCGGCACCUCCGAGAACUCGCUCACAUAUCGCUUUAACGUUGCGGGCAUGCACAGUUUCUCCUCGACGAUGCGGGCGAGCGUGGAACUCUGAUCUGUGGGCGGACAGAGCUGAUGGAGUGACGAUUGUUGCUGUUGCAACGGCAGCAACAGUUGCUGGCGUAUCACUUGACGCGACAGCGAUUGGAGCGAACGCGGCUCCGAGCUGAGUUGUCGAUAAUUUGUGGCUGACUGAGGAAACUUCAGACCGGCAUUUGCCAGCAGCUGAGCCAACCCAAAUGCCUGUGGCGUGCCCAGCGAGCUCAGCUCGUUAAUCACUUGUUCUGCGCAGAUCUGUGAGAGGUGGCAGCCUUCGCGUAGCAACAAUUGCGCCAUGUCCAGCUUAUGCAAGCUGAUGGCGCGCGCCAACGGUGUUUCGCUGUAGACGAAGCCACAGACCAGCGUGGGCGGCGCCUUGCAGCUGUAGAGAUCGCGUCUAGCGCUGGGCAGCUUGGCGAGCAGUACACGCAAAAUGCUGCUGAACUGUGUAAUGUCAUCGAUCUGCUGGACAGCAAACAACAGCAGUCCUUCGUCCUGCGCCUCCGUGUAAAGUCCCAGACUACGUUGCUUGUCAGCCUCUUCCAACAUAUAAGCCAGCAGCUUGGGCAGCUGGCGAUGUAUGGCCAGCAUGAUGGGUGUGCAGUUGUCGUCGUCACGUAGGCUCAGGCUAUCGCCAUGCUCCAGCAGCAGCUUGAUCAUUGCCAGAUCCACGCUGCGUGGCCCCACACAAUGAUGCAACAGAUGAUGCGAGGGCAGUCGUCGGGCGCCACGUUCCAGCAGCAGCUGCGCCAACUGUAAAUGGCGUCCGAUGGCUGCGAAGUAGAGAGCUGUGCUGCCGCGCUUAUCCUGCAGAUUGAUGCGCGCUCCUCGCUUGAUUAACUCCACUGCGAGCUCCUGAAGAUUGCAGAUAAUUGACAUCAUUAGCGGCGUUUCACCUUCGUCAUCGGUCUCGUUGAUAUUGAUGUUCGUUUGCAGCAACAGCUGUGCUGCGGCACUGCAGCGAUUCUCGAUGGCCAAAUGGAGCGCCGUCUUGCCAUCACUUAGUGUCUUGGCAUUGACCAGGGCGCCAUGCUUGAUCAGCAGUCGCGUAACCUCCGCGAAGCCGGCGCCAACGUGAAGUGGCGAGUAGCCUUCGCUGUUGACCACAUUGAUCGGUGCCUGAUGCUUGAGUAGCAGAGCCACACACUCGGCGUGACCCCAGGCGGCGGCAUAAUGAAGUGGCGUCGCCAAAUCCGAGUCAUAGAGAUGUGGAUCCUGUUGGCGGCAAUUGGGACAGCAUUGCGUCAAGAAUUCACCGGUAUUUUCAAAGGUCUUGGCAUAGUAAUGAUAUAGUUGCGAAUCUUCGCCACCGCCAUUUGAAUUCUCCGAGUCGUUCUCCUCGCUCUCAAAUUCAUCAACCCAUUCCAGUUUCUCCAUGCCAUCUGGUGUGCUCUCCAUCUCCAACGUAUCGGUGUGAGCUAGCGAAGAAGAUUGACAGAUUUAUAGUCUCUACACUCUGACAUUAAAUGCAAUGCAUUGCUGUCUACCUGGCCAACAGCUGCAUACUGAGACGGUCUCAGACCUCUUCCGACUCAGCACACAAGUUGGCUACACCCAAACUGCUGCUCAGCUAUUCAAAUAAAAACCGGUUCUCUCACCCGCCCCUCUUCGAUCGUCGUUUUACGCUAUCAAUUUGGGUCAUUGGUCACUACACCACAAGAAACUCAGCACAUUGUAGAUAUGUUUUAAUCUUUAAAACUAUCUGAAACUUUCGUAUAUAUUUUACUAUUUGGAAUGUUAAGCCUACAAAUUAAUUUCGUAAAUUACUUUAAAAUAAUAAUACAAUUUUUAACAAAAAAGAUUGUUAUUUUUUCAUUGCAUUUAAAAAGAUUGUAACGUUUGCUAAAAAGAAAAUAAAACUAAAAUAUAAUAAUAAAAGGAUGACUUCUACCAUAGACUUUAAAAUGCAUUUUUGAAAUAAUCACAAACAAGUUUUUAUAUAUUUUUUCAAAUCCUUGAAUAUAAAAAAAGCAAAAUUUUUAAAUAAAAAUGUAGUUUUAAUAUAUACAUUGUAAAUUAAAUUUGUAAAUUUAUAACAAGUUGAAUACACUUCUUGUUGGAUGCACGGGUCUCGGCUCUAAAUAUAAAUAUACUACAAAUUCACAUUCUGUUUGUUUAGAUUCGAAAAAUUCUAAAAAAAACUCAUCUCUUUUUUUUAACUCUAAAUGAGAAUUACUAAAUUUCUGAUCUAAAUUUUUAUAUUUUAAAUGAUUUAAUAUAAAGACAUAUGUAUACUCAAUUUUUUGUAUUAUAACUUAUUUGAAACGUGUUGAUUUUCCUAAUUGAAUUCGCGACGCGACAAUUGAGAGGCAACUUAACUCUGCCAUUGAUUUUGUUCAACCAGCUGUUGGCCCUGAACCCGUGUGUUCACUUCGACACUUCGUGUCGUUCAACUUACAUGGCUGGAAGAGAUUCAGCUGCGGCUCUUCGCAGGAUUGCACCAGGAGUUCAAGGAGCUCGGCGUCACCAAGCAGAGCAGCUGUGCCGACCGCAGUGCGACCACAAGUGGAGGAUACAUAGGUGGCCUGGGCACCUUCGAUGAUACAGUUGAGGGCCUGGCCAAAGUCGCCGCUAUGAACGGCGCUCAGCAAACGUUCGUUGAGAUCGUAGGAUAGCAUAUUGCCAUUGAAUUGUAUUGUAAGCAAAAGAGCAGCUGCAAAAAUGUGCAAAUAAUCCAACUAAAUGCAACGAAAAUGUUUUGUAAAACGCACUGGCCGGAAAAGCGCACGAAAAGAGACUGAAACACGCACAAACAAAAGCAGCAGCCCGAUAAGAAAAAUCCACCACCCAGCGACAUUGAAGAGAGCGAGAUUCAAAUUCGAGAGAAUAUACGUAUUCCAAAAAUAGUGGUGGAGAGUAUAGUUUCGUUCAGCUGUGUGGUACAUUGUGUGCAGUUUACACACAGCUACAAAGUUGGGGUUACUUUAUUUGUUACUCAAUUGGUUUCUUUAACAUACAACUAAAUUACUUGAUCUCCUUAGUUUCCUUGGCGUUCUGCAGUGAUUCCGUAAUGAAAAGUUUAGCCAGCGAUUGCGAACAGAAUUGUGCAAUAUGCUGGGCAUGCGUAUUGAUUUGACCCGAAGUAAUGGUGGCCGUUAACCUGGCCGGCACCGGCAUGGGACGGAACUGCUUGAUGACCUCCUCUUCGGGCACCGUUGGCUCGCCCUUCGAGGUGCGCACAGCAUUCUCCGCGGCCAACUUGGCCAGAGCACGGUGUUUUUCCUAAAAUUAUGAAAAACAAUUAUUAAUUGUGUUGAUUUUUAGUAAUAGUAAAUCAACCACUCACCGUGUCCUGCUUGAAAACCACCUGCUGAUACUUAUUGUAGCGCACGGCUUCCUGGUAGAGUUCAUCCACACGUUCAAUGAGGCUACGCAUAUGAUUCUCCAACACGGAUGCAGUACCCAAAUCCAGGAAGUUGUGACCCUUAUCCUCGGGCAACAGUUCGUUCAGUUCGCUCAUCAUAAUGUUCGUGAGCGGUGAGUUCUUGAUGACAAUGGGAA